AGUGCAUUAACUUCAGAAAACGUAUAUGUACAUAUAUCAUUGUAGUACAUAUUUACACACAAUCUUAUCUUAAAGGGGCGUGGCUUUUUGAAUUAUGUGUGCCUCAAACUGUUCGUAUAACUUAACAUAAAUUCAUACUUAACGAUUUUAAACAAGCUUCAAAAUGAAUCCCCAGCCGAAUUCAAAUUUGGAGCAGUCCUUGGUGACGGAGGCGGGCCACAUACAAGCCCAAUAUUCAGCUUUUCAAAACUUUGAGCAAUACACCGCUGCCGGAUAUACAAAUGCACCGUUAUAUAUUUCAAAGCCAACUGGAAUGGGGACUCUGACGCGUAUUAAUCCCCAUUGCUCUACAAUUGGAUCUCAAAGUAAAAUAGAAACAGCUUCGCAAGAAGUGACCAUUCCCGGUAUGGAACCCCAUACCUUAGUACCGACGGUUAGAUAUAUACAAGCACCACAAUUUGAUGAAGGAGCUGAUUUCGGCUUACCUGGCCUACCGCCAUGUGGGCUAGAGCCGCAUUAUACAGACGAGCCAGCUAUACCAUACGGUUAUACUGCAGAUUCCAAUUAUGGAUUGCCGGGCGUUAGUGCAAAUAUGAAGCAAUUCGCAUCACGUCCCUUCGACAAUAACCUAAAUGGAUCUGAAUCAGCUAUUGAUUCGCAAUGCAGAUCUUUUGAAGGUCAAGGCGAUUUCAAAUUAGUACCAUUCCCCACAAGCUCCCUAAACACUGUGCCGCCCAGAGUCGGCGAGAAGGAGGAUUUCAUUGGGGGCUCAGACAGUGAUCUAUGUUCCACAAUGAGGUGGCGUGACCCAAACCUCUCGGAAGUUAUAAGCUUUCUCAGUAAUCCUAACAAUGCUAUAAAAGCAAAUGCUGCCGCAUAUCUGCAGCAUUUAUGCUACAUGGAUGAUCCGAACAAGCAGCGGACAAGGACAUUGGGAGGAAUACCGCCACUAAUCCGACUAUUAUCUUAUGAUGCUCCGGAAAUUCAUAAAAAUGCUUGUGGUGCAUUGCGCAAUCUGUCAUAUGGCAGGCAAAACGAUGAGAAUAAACGAGCAAUUAAGAAUGCCGGCGGCAUCGAAGCUUUGGUGCAUCUGCUUUGCCGGUCUCAAGAAACUGAGGUCAAAGAAUUGGUAACUGGAGUCUUAUGGAAUAUGUCCUCGUGCGAAGACAUUAAACGGUCAAUUAUUGAUGAGGCGCUGGCUGCUAUAGUAUGUAAUGUAAUAAAACCCCAUUCGGGAUGGGAUCCUAUCUGCUGUGGCGAAACAUGUUUCUCCACUGUAUUCCGCAAUGCUUCGGGAGUUUUGAGAAAUGUCAGCUCAGCUGGCGAGCAUGCGCGAGAAUGCCUUCGUAACUGCGAGAACUUGGUCGAGUCUCUACUUUACGUUGUUCGAUCAUCCAUUGAAAAGAAUAAUAUUGGAAAUAAAACAGUAGAGAAUUGCGUUUGCAUUCUGCGCAAUCUAUCGUAUCGAUGCCAAGAAGUUGAGGAUCCCAACUAUGAUAAGCAUCCAUUUAUUAUACAGGAAAGGACUGUUCCAUCCUCAUCGAAAGGUGAGAAUUUGGGCUGCUUUGGCACAAGUAAAAAGAAGAAGGAUUUGGCACUGAAUGAGUCGCAACAAGACUAUAUAUUUUCAACGGAAUAUGCAAAGAAUCCCCGAACAAACAAUAAAACCAACAAAGGAUAUGAACAGCUCUGGCAACCGGAAGUAGUGCAAUACUAUCUCUCAUUGCUGCAAAGCUGCAGCAAUCCCGAAACGCUGGAAGCCGCUGCCGGUGCAAUUCAAAAUUUGUCAGCUUGCUACUGGCAGCCGAGCAUUGAUAUUCGCGCAACGGUGCGCAAAGAGAAAGGCCUUCCGAUACUGGUCGAACUGUUGCGAAUGGAGGUCGAUCGUGUCGUUUGUGCCGUUGCCACAGCACUGCGCAACCUUGCUAUCGACCAACGAAACAAAGAAUUGAUUGGAAAGUACGCCAUGCGCGAUUUAGUCCAAAAACUACCAUCUGGGAACGCUCAACAUGACCAAAAUACGUCAGACGACACCAUCACAGCAGUAUUGGCCACCAUCAAUGAAGUCAUCAAGAAGAAUCCAGAGUUUGCGCGUUCGCUCCUGGACGCCGGUGGUGUAGAUAGGCUAAUGAAUAUAACAAGACGCAAGGAACAGUAUACCACGUGCGUCAUCAAGUUUGCCAGUCAGGUUUUGUACACCAUGUGGCAGCACCAUGAGCUGCGCGAAGUAUAUAAAAAGAACGGAUGGAAGGAACAGGAUUUCGUUAAUAAACACUUUGCAGCACAUAGCACCCCGCCAAGCUCACCAAAUAAUGCUAACAAUACUCUAAAUAGACCAAUGGCAUCUCAGGGACGAACGCGUUACGAGGAUCGAACAAUCCAACGUGCCCCGAAUUCAUCUUAUCGAAAUAAAGAUGCACCUGCUGGAGCUGUCAUGUCCAACAACGAUUCAGCAUUGUUGUCCGAAAUGGUUCGAAAACAAUUAUAAAGUGUAUAUUUGUUUGAAUUUUUUUUUUUUCGUUUAUUUUACUAGUUAUAUAUAGACACUAUAUAACUCUUAAAAUAACUAAGAGGUGAAAAAUGAAUUGUUUUACUGGGGCUUUAUACUUUUCUCUAAGGUGGUAAAGUGAGAACGAAA